AAUAAUUAGCUCCUCUCUCUCUCUCUCUCUCUCUCUCUCUCUCUUCUGUUGUGUGAUAAACCCCAGCAUUUCCAUCCUCCAAACUCUAGAGCUCCCACCUUGUGGGCUCUGCUCUUCUCUUCUCUUUCUCUGGUGACAAUGCUUCCAUCCAAAUCUAAAUCUGGCUUAUCUGACACUCCAAUUAACAAAACCACACCAGCUACCCCUCGGGUUAGCAAACUAAGCAGGGCCGGAUCCACCAGGUCGGACUCUGCGUUGCCAUCCCCUGUGCAGAAGCGACGCUUAUCAGUUGAUCGGUCACCGAAAUCAGUUGAUCGGUCGCCGAAAUCAGUUGAUCGGCCCCCGAAAUCAGUUGAUCGGUCGCCGAAAUCAGUUGAUCGGCCCCCGAAUUCAGUUGAUCGGCCCCCGAAUUCAGUUGAUCGGUCGCCGAAAUCAGUUGAUUGGUCACCGAAAUCCGUUGAGUCGAAGCCUGCCACUAAGACCAGUAGUACUGAUAAACAACCGCGGACAUUGAAGGGAUCGGAGCUUCAGGCACAAUUGGCUGUUGCUCAGGAAGACCUGAGGAAGGCAAAGCAGCAGUUUGCUUCAGUAGAGCAAGAGAAGAUCCGGGUUCUUGAGGAAUUGGAGGAUGCAAAGAGAUUGGCUGACGAUGCAAAUGAGAAGCUCAAGGAAGCUAUUGUUGCUCAGAAGAGAGCCGAGGAGAACUUGGAGAUCGAGAAGUUCCGGGCAGAUGAAUUGGAACAGGUGGGCAUUGAUGCUGCCCAGGAAAAGGAGGAAGAAUGGAAGAAAGAGCUUGAGAACAUCCGGAACCAACAUGCCGUGGAUGUCUCAAAAUUGCUUUCCAUAACUCAGGAACUUCAGAGAGUGAAACAUGAUCUAGAAAUGGCCACUGAAGCAAAGAACUCUGCCCUAAGCCAUGCUGAUGGUGCCAUGAAAAUCGCCGAGAUCAAUGCAGAAAAGUUGGAGUUUUUGUCUGGGGAACUUGACCGUUUAAAAUCCUUGCUGGAUUCAAAGCUGGAGAGUGUGAAUAAUGAAGCAGCAGAAAUGGUUAAGAAGUUGGAUUCUGAAGUUGACGCUUUGAAGCAAGAACUUGAGAGAACAAAGGCAGCUGAGGAGAAGUUGAUUGAGAUGGAAUCAUUGGCUGAAGGGCUUCAGAUUGAACUGACUGGUGCCAAGAAAGCUGAAUCAGAUUUAACUAAGCUCGCUGAUGAGUGGAAGAAGGCGGCAGAGUUGUUAGAGGUUCAGUUAGAGGAAUCAAAGCAGUCUGAAAAAGCCUUAUCGGAUUCCUUGGCACCUGCAAUGAAACAGCUGGAGGAAAGCAAUGCUUUGUUGGAACAUGCCGAAUCUGAGAUCGGUACUCUUAAAGGAAAGAUGGAAUCCUUGGAUAUUGAGGUCGCUAGGCACAAAACUGAUCUUGAUGAAUCACAUAGGCGUCUUUAUUUAGCCCAGCAGGAGGCAUUGGACAUGGGGAAGACAGUUGAAGUAUUAAAAUCCAAACUUCAGAUGGUGGAGGAGGAAAAGUUGCAGGCACUGAACAAUGAGAAGGAUGCGGCAUCAAACAUUGAAGGCCUGACGGAGGAAAGGAACAAACUGAUUGAUGAGGUUAAUAUUGCUAGAGAUGAAGGGGAAAAGGUCAAGAAAGCAAUGGAAGGUUUAGCUUCAGCUUUGCAUGAGGUGUCUACCGAAGCUAGGGAAACACAAGAAAGACUUUUAACAAAGCAAGCUGAAAUUGAAGAUGCCCAUGCUCAGAUAGAGCGACUGAAAUCAGCUCUCAAGAACACUGAAGAGAGGUAUGAGGUCAUGCUUGAUGAAGCGAGAUAUGAGAUCGUUUGCCUCAAGAAAACUGUGGAAAGACUUGAAACAGAAUCCCAAAGCUUCAGCGGUGAGUGGGAAGAAAAAGAGCUUAAUUUUAUGACUGCUAUUAAAGAGUCAGAUGAAGAACUUGCUUCUCUCAAGGUUGAAAUGGCAAAGGUGGUGGAUGCACUCACAGGAGCAGAGCGUGAAGCAAAAGCUGCAAAGGAUGAUGCAGUCCAGAUGACAACUAAGCUAAGAGAAGCUGAUUCCAAGGGAACUGCUGCUAAUGAAGCAGCAGAAGAAGCAAAGGCUGAGAGUUUGCAGAUGAAGGAAAGUUUAUUGGACAAGGAGAAUGAGCUGCAGAGCAUCACUCAGGAGAAUGAUGACCUUCGGAUCCGGGAAGCAGCAGCCCUAGAGAAAGUCAAAGAGCUGUCUGCAUUGCUCGCAGAGGCCACUGCCAAGAAAACUGAGGAAAAUGGCGAGCUAUCAAACAGGGAGAAAGAUUUUGACCUGCUGCCAAACACUUCUGAGUCUCCCGACGUAAAUGCCAAUGAGAGUGAAGCAGAAAAAAUGAAGUCAGAAACACCCUCAGGAAAGCUCGAAGGUUGUUGGACAGAAGAACCAAAACCCAGAGAAGCUAAUGACAAUGUAGAUCAAAAUGAUGAGGAGGAACCUCUGGAAGUGAAAAUGUGGGAAAGUUGCAAGGUCGUGGACAAGAUUCUUGCAUCAGAGAGGGAGCCUGAGGCAGAAUCAAUAGAUGAUGAUCAAGACUCAAAGAUAGAUAGUGGUAGCUUUGAUCAGAUAAAUGGAUUAUCUGAAAACAUGGAUAAUGGGGCUACUUUGCCUACCAAGCAGCAGCGGCAAAAGAAAAAGAAGGCUUUGCUCCACAAAUUUGGGAGCCUACUGAAGAAGAAGGGAAACCAUAAGUAGCAGAGAAGCUCCACCACAGAGGAAGCCAUGUUCAUAUUCUCUCUUUCUCGGUGUGCGCGUCUCAGAUGCUUAACUGGGUUUGAGGAGCUCUAGCUCUCGAGGUAUGGUCCAUGUGAGAAAACCCCCCUUCUGACAUCCUCGCAGAUCUCUGGCAUGGCAUGCCUUGCUUGGCGUGGUCCAAGUUCUUCAUCCCUGUUGUUUCCUUUGAAUGACCAAAUCUAAGAGGAUGAAUACAAGUCAUGCAGCUCUCUUCAAGACUCUAUACCCUCUGCAGCCACUUCUUUGUAGUUUGUACUCUUGGCUUUCUAGGGGUAUUCUAGGCCAGCCUGCAUACUACUAUAACUUGAUAUUAAACUCCAGGAAUCUUCCUAGUUUCUACUUUAGGUCAAUGAAACCAUGUAAUGGUGGUAUGUUCAAAGUAAUUCCCUUUUGUUUUUGGCCCUUCUUGACCCUGGGUGUUUCCUAGUCUAACCACUCCAGUAACCAGUUUGCCCCACUGCAACAGACUUGUGAGAUUCUGAGUCCAUCUUGCCUGAACCAUGAUUCAUUAUGUGGAUGAAUGAGUGAUUUCUUUAA